GGUAACCAGGCGAGAAGAAGUGUGCGUUUUCGUUUCAGCUUUACCAUUGCUGUUUGCAGGCCGCUCAGAUAGCACACAGCCUUUCCGAGCCGAUAGACGUACAGUUAAGAACGAUGGCUUCAAAUGUUUCAAAUACAUCUCCUGCAGCAAACCAACUCGUCUGCCCGUAUCAUCCUGCUGCGGCAUUGGUCGACGACUACCAUACCGGCGACAUGAUAUGCUCCGACUGUGGCCUUAUCGUCGGUGACCGUAUGAUCGAUCCGUCCAGCGAGUGGCGCACGUUUAGCGAUGACCCAAGCCGGCCGGAUCCAUCCCGUGUCGGUAGCACCGAUCCAGUACUACAAAAUCUGGCCACGUUUAUACAACCUUCUGCCAACGGCUUUGAGCCGCCCAACCAUUUCUCCUUCCUCAAAAUGGACACCACAACGCGCAAGCUAAUGUUCGGCUUCGCCAUGAUCGCCACCAUGGCGGAACGCAUCAAUGCACCGGCGUCGAUCGUGAGCCAUGCUAAAACCAUCUUCAAGCAAGCGCUGGAACCGGCCGCGCUAACCCAUCGGUCGUUAGAAGCAGUGUCUGUAGCCUGUCUGUACAUCGCUUGCCGGCAGGAAGGUGUGCCGCGUACCUUCAAGGAGAUGUGCGCGGUUUGCUCGGCCAGCAAGAAGGAGAUUGGGCGCUGCUUUAAGCUAAUCACCAAGGUGCUGGCUACAUCGCUGGAUCACAUCACGUCGGAAGAUUUUAUGCAGCGCUUCUGUUCGAAGCUGUUUCUUCCGCACGAAGUGCAAAAGGCAGCGACGCACAUUGCGCAGAAAGCGUUCGAAGCGGACCUCGUGCCGGAUCGGUCGCCCAUCUCGGUGGCGGCUGCCGCCAUCUUCAUGGCCUCCCAGGUGUCCGCUACGGCGAUGAGCCUGAAGGCGGUCGCAGCGAUUGCCGGUGUCGCUGAGCUGACGAUCAAGCAGUCGUACAAGCUGAUGCACCCGCACGCUUGGGAGUUGUUUCCGAGGACGCACCUGUUCUACAAGCACAUCGGCAUGUUGCCAAGCUGGAAGUGUUUGGUUUAGGAUAAUCAUUUCAUGUGUCUACUCACAUGCUAUCCUGCUCCGUGGCAGUGCUGGCCGUUUUGGCACUGCGCGCCCCAUCCACCGCCACGCUGUGCCGCAGCUGGGCCCUUCUCUGCUGAUCGUCCGCUCCAUUCCGCUGCGCCGACUUCACGUGCGAUUCUGUGGAAGCAAGUGUAAGUAAGCGUAAACAAAAACAAACCAAAUCAGCACACUUCUUGGCUUGCACACAGCGAAAAGCGAAACCGUUUGCGCCUCGUCAAAUACUGGAACGCUGAACUAGAAGCAAGGUGGCGAAACGUACGCGAAACAGGAACGCAACAGAACGCCCGCAAAACACACUGCUGCUGACGGCGCAAACUUUUGCGCAUGAUAAUCAACGAAGGGGAGAAGGGCCGCUUUGCCACAAAGAGGGAAUUUAAAUUCGAAAAACAAGGGAAUAGUUUUAAAAGACAAAAAACGCGACCAAACCUGUAUCGACGUGCGGUGAUGACUGAGUAGAUUUGUAAACGGUUUGUUUGCUGCUGGGAGAGGGGCCGUUAGACAGUUAGCUGCUAAACAGUUGAUACAGCUGUGACAAAAGUAUCGCCUCGUUGGGAUGUGUUCUACAGCGUACAGCGUUUUGCAGAACACAAUUUCAUACUUGCUGGAGCAUUAAAAUCAUUAAAUUGAACGACCUUGGACUUCAAUUAGACUGAGUCCUCUUUCUACUCUUGGACUCUUGUUUAGUCUUUCUACUCUUAGAGUUUUGACAUUUUUACAUCUAUCUUCCAUAGUGUCUUUUAAAUGCCAUAAAAACAUUAGAAGAAAACUCCGUUUGAGCGCCCAUCAACGAUUAAUGCCUCACACUGUUCUCAAAUGUCAUUUAGAUCUUUUCAAACAAAAACCCCUGACUAAGCAAAAAGGAACUCAGCAUUAGUUACACCGACUCCGGGGUGAAUAUUAACGCUUUAUCUUUCAACACACAAACACAUACGGCUUCACAGCAUCCGUGAUGAUCGGUGAUUUGCUGGUCCAACCGCUGGACCACACUUUUGCACCUCGUUAUCGCGACAGGGACGUUAUUUAUGCAUGGUUGAGCCGCGCAUUCCAUCAACGGUGAUAAAUUAUCGCACACCGAAACACACCGGACGACCGGACAACAUCUUAUCUUGCAUGAGAAGUAGGGGAAAGCGGGGCAAAAUGGGUAUGUGGGGCAAAAUGGGCACCCUCUAUUUAAGCAUUAUUUGACUACAAAGCUACUUUCCAAUGCUCAAAAUGUAUUCAUUAGAGUGUUUUAUGAACACCAUGUAAGUUUCAUAACCCUAACACAACAAAUAACCAAGAAAAGUGCAAAAUAAGGUUUAGUAGCAUAUUGAUGUAAUUUUUGUCACUUCGAAAAUAAGCUUAACCCAGUGUCACAGGGAUGCGUUGAAGUUUUACAUUAUAUAUUAUUAAAGAUAUGAUAUUUCUAUACAAUUUGUCUGAAGAAA